AUGAAACACGACAGCAAACUAAUGCACGGUUUUGACAUUCGGUUUGUUCAGUCGUUACAAUGUUUCACCCAUAAACUGAUUAUCCUCGGAUGUUUAUGUCUUUUUGUUCAUGGAUGUGAAUAUAUCAGGAAAAUCGGGGAUGGUUGUACUAGAGAAUGGGACCUUUUCGAUGGAUAUCCCAUUGAACUUAUCCAACAGGCCUCGGAGUCGGUAUCACAUGAUUAUGUUGAAGAACAAUUCCACACUAAACAUUCACGGUUUGCAGGCUACACAGAAAUAACGUGGAACAGUGAGCAAAAACCAUCCUAUUACCUGUUGGAAUUCCAAAUAUUCAGUUAUAAUGGGAGCUGGCCGGAAAAUGGAACAACUCACUUUUACACAUGCUGUGAGAAAAAUACUGAUUUCGCCAGGAACAAUGGAACCUUCGACUUCAGUGGGACAAAUCAACGUGUGGUAUGUUGUAACUUUUACGAUCCUGUGCGUGUUGUUGAAUUUUAUUGUAUACUUUUUACAUUUUUGAUCAUAAACAUCAGUGAUUCUGUUUCAAAACACGAACAAGUUUCACUACUUCUUCAAUAA